AUGCGUGUUUUGCCUUGCGCAUUGCAUGCACUGCUCCUGGCCCUUUGCAACGGUGACUGGCGGCAGUUGCUUCGACGGGCUCCGCAUGCCGUCCUCGUGGACGAGGAGAGGAGAGAGACACCAUCAGAGCAGUUGUGGAGCCAUCACGUCCGGCUCGGUUCGCGAGAUGCGCUCUGUGAGCUACCUGCACCGAACCUGGGCCGCCGCGAUGCUGCAGAGCGUGUUGCGCGCUUGGCUCGCUGGGCGCCCCUGCGCCAUCGAUGCCAUUCAUGGCGCAGAACAGAGGAGGAGGGUCCCAGCGCGUCGAAAAUCCCGUGGGUGUUCCGUGUGUGUUUCUCGACGGAAGCUGUUGCAGUGGCACCGGCGCCUUGGUUGGACCGCCUGGAGCUAGGUUGGUACAACGAGAGUCUUGACCAAUACCAUGCAAAUGGUUCGGUCACCUUGCACUAUGUGAACGGUUUUGCUCACAGAGAGAUGGCGGUGCGCUGUCAUUGCGGAGAAGGCCCGGCAAUGACGUCUUGGACAGGAGAUGCAGACGGCAACCAGACGCUGGACAUUCAGCUUCCCAGCUGCUGCCCGCUUCGUCGUCCAGAUGCCACCCCGAUGUCUUCAACAGAGGCCUUCCAUUGGCUAGCUGCACCGCUGCACAGACUGGAGCCACCGUGCCUUGCGACACGGCGUGGGCGCUGGGACUUUCGCUUGUGCUUCGAUGGCAACCUGACGCAGGUCAACCUCAGCCGCUCGCCUGUGCAAAGUCCACAGGCCUUCAGCUUCCUUGGUGGCCCGGCCGUGAACGAGGUGGGCUUUGUGCCAGCCGAGCCUGCAGUGCCAGGGCAAGCCGUGGUUGACAGCACCCCAGGAGGAGAUCCAGCCAUUGUCGCAUCGGCGGCGGUGCCGGCACCGCUUGCAGAGGCCCUCGCCCCGAAACGGGGUGCGGGCCCCAGGGCGGCGGUGGAGCUCACACUGCGGAGUGGCGAGGUUUGCCGAACCUCAAACGGCACGGAGCAGCAUCAGGUGCUCUUGAGGUUUAUUUGCCCAGCGAAUUGGCUGAGCUCUGCACCGGACACUGCUGGCGGGCACAGCGCCCUGAUCGCCGUAGAGCGACCGCGGGGCUGCCGCUGGGUGGCUUGGGUUGCGACCCUCCUUCUUUGUGCAGACCCUCGUUUGCGGCCGCCUCCAGCGGAGGAGAGGCGAGCGAUUCACUGCAAGCGAGGCGGCAGGAACGAGGAAGCAGAGGGCAGUCACCCGCGGCACCCUUCUGUGCUGGGGGAAGCAAAGACCUUUGACGAGGCCGACAACAGAGCGGUCGAGGCAGCGCCGCCUCGAAGAGACCGGUCUGGCAUUUUGUUCCGUGUUGGACAGAUCGUGGUGAAUGUAGCGGAUGGCACACUCAGCGUAGUGGUUGGCUGGGACCGCAAACCAAACCCGAAGAUACUGGCGCUUCGCCGACACAGCUUGCCCGAGGAGUCGACCUCCAGUCCCCACUGUUUGUUGGCAGCACUGGCAGGGCAGCUCCCGCAAGCCGACGUCCUCCGGAGUGAUGCAAUGGGCCUUCCAGGCAAGAUCUCCUACGUUUCCCAGGACCAGCUUCGGGUAUAUCAUGGACCCCGGCCAGACCGUCUGAGAGCGGCAUCAUCACUUGGCUUGACGCCGACAGGAAGUGGAGGUUACAUGCCUCUCUCCUGGCUUGCAGCUCUUUAUCCGCUGGAUGUUCAGCUACAGCCAGAAGGCGGUCCUGAAGCAAUCGCGGACACGCCUCGAGCCUGGAGGACUGACAGCCAAGAGACACUGCUGGAUCUUCUGGCCGUGGGCUUGAAACUGCAGUCCUUGUAUGUGUUUUUGCGCUAUGUAUGUUCCAUGUUUGCAGUCUCGUUAAGCACGUCAGAACUGCUGAGAGACGGCAUACGGAAGCAUCGGGACUUGUGGAUUGGAUACCGGCUGUGCUCCCGGCUAGCCAUCUGGCUGAGCCUGCUGACGGUCUUCGGGGCGGCGGGAGGAUGGUGUCUCGGGCGGAUGGAUUUGCUGCGCCGGGAGCGACCCCGGCCAAACCCGAAGAGGCUCGCCUUUAGCAGCUUUCGGCGGAGGCACAGUGUCAGCAAGAGCUUCGAAGACGAGCCCUCGGCGCAAGAGCUGGUUCAAAAUCUCCAGGAUGCUUGGACCAGGCGUCCUGCCGCCUGGGCUCGGCUCUUGACCCUGGAUCGCACAGAACGGAGCUUCGACAAGUCUCUCGAAGCUUCAGGUCGAAGCACUUUGAGCUCGACGUGGCAGACGUGGCACGACUCCCGCAUCUCGAGCUCUUUGAGCACACGGAGCAGUUGUGGCAAGCUACAACUGUCUGACAGCCUGUCAACACGCCCCUCAUCGAAGCGGCUUCAUCUCCGGCCGCUGAAUGAGCAGGUUGCCCCUGGCUGGUCCUUGCGAUAUUGCGAGCUGCUGGGAGUUGGCCCCCCCAGCAGUUUGCGAAGGCUGAGCAGACGAGAAGCCGUUAUCGAGAUGCCUCACGCGCCGGACAAGAUCCAAAGGGACUUGGACAAUUCGGUGUUCUUGGCUUCCAAUCCGCGCAGCCGCGAUCCACGCCUGCAGCGCUUCGACUCCAUGAGCUGCCCUGAAAGUAGGCGGACGGUUCGACGUAAAGCAGUUCAAGCCGAUGUCAUGAGCUGCACGCGACGGUACAUCAACCUAGCCUUCCGGUAUAUGCAAAUGCGGUACAGCGAGCGGAUUGACUACCUCAAAAAACUUUUCGACAGCAAACUCAACAAGGGUGGUCAGAAUGCGCGAACAGAGCAGUACAGCAUCUCGAACGAGGAACUCAAGGGUCUGGCGAAUAAGCUGGGGCUGCCAGAGCAAGAG